AUGGUAAAUACCGGACUCCAAGCCAAGCUUCGCGCCCUUCCUGUCCUAGAAGGAGCUUCGCAUCCAAAAGCAGAACUCGCUUCAUUCCCCUCAACCCCUCACCAAGCAUUCGAGAAAUGGCUCGACGAGGCUAUAGCCGCCAACGUCCCCGAACCCCACGCCAUGACCAUUGCAACAGUCGAUUCCCAAGGCUGUCCCGAUGCACGCGUCCUUAUACUCAAAAACAUCGACCACCGCGGCUGGCACUUCGCCAUCAAAGCCACCAGCCCCAAAGGUCUUCAAAUCUCAACCAACAACAACGUCGCGCUUACUUUCUACUGGCCCAAGAUCGGACGCCAGAUCCGCUUACGCGGUAAAGCAAAUGCUCUCCCGAGAAGUGAGUGUGAGCAGGAUUGGACGGCAAGAUCGGCUAUGGCCAAGAUCACUGCCAAGGUGUCGAGGCAGAGCGAACCACUUAAUGACCCGCAUGAACUGGAAGCCAAGAUGGCGGAAGCCGUGAAAAGUCAUGAGAUUGAGGGGGAAGAGCUGGAUGCUGAGGGCUGGGUUGUUUAUGCUGUUGCGCCGCAGGCUGUUGAGUUCUGGCAGGCUUCUAGUGAUCGUCUGCAUCAGCGAUUGCAGUACCUUUUGGACCCUGCCCAGAACACCUGGAGCAAAACAGCCCUUUGGCCAUAA